CCUCAUUUAAACAUGAUGGCUGUCAUGACGAUGCCAUCGCCACAGACCUGUAUCACAGCACUGUAUCACAGCACUUAUUAUGUCUGUACACAACACAAUAUGUUGUAUAAUUUGGAACCUCUUAAAAUGUAAAGUGUGUUUGGUUCCGUCCAGAUUUAUUUGGUCCUGCUUAUGAUUCUUUGUCAAUUGGCAUUAUCAAGCCCACGUUUCUGUUAUAAAAUGAAUUUAUUGAUGAAGUAUGUAAAUGUUGGAAAUUUUUAUUUUUGCAUAAGAAACAGCCUUCACUUGGACAGUUGCAGGAAUUUGUAUUCAUCUGACGACCUAAUUUUUUGACCAGCGGCGAGUUAGAAACUGCUUGCAUAUCAUGUGUGCUAUGUUUAGAAAUAUAAAAAAGCUAUCAGUAAGUGGUACUCAAGAUGGCAUGUCAUUGGCCGUCACAACACUCCAGUGAGUGAGCGGAAGAGCACAACCAAUCCGAGCGCUUGUUUGAGUUGACCAAGCUAUAGAUGACACUCCCCCACGCAGUUGGGAGCACGAAACGGAAGCACAAGACAAGCAAUAAGAUAUUUCUAUGAGACCUUUAAUGGAUAGAGCUUUCAUUGAGUGAUGCUGCCACUGUGGAAGUCCACCCUGUCUGCCAUCCUGUGCCUGUCUCUCCCAUGGCUCGUCUUGCUCCAACAAUGUUCCGACUCAUGCAGAGCCUGCGGUGGGCCUGACAACCACACAUGCCUUGCGUGUAAAGAUGGCUGGAGCCUCCAUGAUCGCCACUGUGUGGAUGUUGAUGAGUGUGACACCAAGCUGACCGGUUGCCCGUCGAACACCUACUGCUUUAACACUGAGGGCUCAUUCGAGUGCAGAGGAUGUGAUCCUGCAUGUGCAGCGUGUAUGGGCAGUGGACCAGCUCGUUGUAAGAAAUGUGCCAAUGGAUACACGAUGACUGGCGCAAAAUGUGUUGAUGUGGACGAGUGCAGUGAGAAUGAACUGAUGUGCCCUGGCCUGGAUGAGUUCUGUAUGAACAAGGAGGGCUCGUUCUACUGCCAGUGUGCUAAAGGGUUCCGUAGGGAAGAUGGCGUCUGUAAAGCCAUUCAGACAUCUGCUGCUCAUGAGAAGGGCUUGUUUGAUGACAUCCAGGAAGAGGAAAUAGAGGUCCUCCAGCAGAUGUUCUUCGGUGUGAUCCUCUGUGCUCUGGGCACGCUGGCGGCCAAGGGGGACAUGGUCUUCACCUCCAUCUUCAUGGGGGCGGUGGCCGCCAUGGCAGGGUUCUGGUUCUCAGACAGAGGCGAUCAACUGCUGGACUCCAUGUUGAGAGGACGCUAAUAUUGUCUGGACAUAGUCACAUACACACACAAACAUACAGAUCAACAUACAGUAUGCACAAAAGUACACACAUACCUAUUAUUUAUGGGGUUUUACUGGGACUGAGUGUGUCCAACACUCUGUAUUGCCUGUCCUGAGGUUAUGAAUGGCUCUACAGUACUAUAAAUGGGCAUGAUUGAUCCAGAGAGGGUUGAAGCGGAAAUUAAUUAUGUUGCUCUAUUUUGUUAGUUAUCAAAGAUCUUUGAUUGAGCCUUUGUUAAGUCCUGCCUUCCUAUGUUACUGCUGCUAGGUUAGCCAAACAAACAAUGGCUGUGUGGGCUCAAUUCCCAUAGAAGCAAUGGAAGCCUGUUGACUCGGUAACCGUAAUUUUGAGUCUGGAAUAUUUGAGGGUCAAUUAUUCUCCCCUUGACAGGUUCUCAAAUAACCUACAUUUAUGUGAGUCGCCUUGAGCAUAUCUAUGGGAAUUUCCCUCACGGGAUCAAAAGAGUAUAUAUACUUAUACUUUUGUACCACCACACCCAGACCAGAUUUGUGUGCAGGCUUUGAAGAUUAGCCCCUUUGUGUAGUUGGAAAGGCACGAUGCUGACCAUAACUAAUUGAUUCACCUCAUUAUUUCCCUUAUUUGUUUCAUGCUCACAUGGAAUUUGAACAAGUUUAAAUCAACUGCAAUAAAAACAAUUGCUUAUUAA